UGAAAGGCGUGCUUCGGCGGAAGAGCAAGAAUAAGCGAGGGAGGCGCGAGAGGGGAGGAGACUCCGGUCUCCGGGGGCGGCCUCUCCGCCAUCGAGCCCGGAAGCGCCGCCCCUCCUUUCCGCACGUCUGUUGCCCGGGACCAGCUGCCUUGGGCCGGGCUGCCUGCUUGCUUGCGACUUCGCCGCCGCCGCCACCGCCAUGGGAGGCAAGAACAAGCAGCGAACGAAGGGCAACGUGCGGGUGAGUGAGGGAGGGAGGGGCGCGUGUGUACGUGGGUAUGUUAUGUGUUCGCCCCCGGAGGGAACUGUAUCAAAACGCCAACAGCUUUCCCCAUCCAGCACGGGCCUGCUUUCUACCCUUGGCUUACACGUGUAUGAGAGCCUGUUCCCACAACCUUCUCUUUCAAGGGCUGCGUGAUUCAACGUCUGUCGGGGCGAGGAGGAGCGGGGGAAAGAGGCGGCCUAUGCCAACACAAGCAUCAUAAAACCCUCUCCAAAGGGAGGAUGAAUUCUUCCUGUCCGGGGCCUUUUAGCGGUUGCAAGUUUGUAAAUAUUGAUUUGAGUGUGAUCUGGACACUAAGGAGAAUUGAAAGCACGACAGUUCUCAGAGGACAAGUUUUUUUUGGCUAGGGCUUCUUGAUUUUCUUUGGUCACGCCACGUCCAUAUGAUCUUGACUUUGUAUUUGACAAUUAGUGCGGAAGAACCGCUGUCCUUGGCUCCGUUUUUGAACUUACAGGAAUCGGUUUCCCUCGCCACUUUGCCAUAAACAUGUAGUGUAAAGAAUGACUCCAUCCCUUUCUACUUCAGCCUCUUUUCCUGCUAUUACUGUGAGUACAGCUAAUCUGUUAACACACUUACCUGUGUAAUAUAUUCCUGGUAUGGUGGAUAAGAGUACUGGAUGUGACAUGUGUUCCAAUCGGUGCUUAGCAAUGAAGCUCAGAUCACUACACAUAAACACUGUAUACCAAGUUGUAAAUUAUCAAACUGGUAAUCUUGUCAUCUGUAUUGCCCUGUCAAGUGUUAAGGAGAAUUUUAGCACUCUUCUGCUCCCCAAGUUUCUAAGUUAGGUGUUGAAAUGUGGUAAAAUUAUUCUUCUCACUUUGUACAACAAUACAGAUUGAGAGUUUUCCAGGCAAUUAGAUGUACCUUACGGUAUGUUGCUGCAAUUACCUGUAAAUGGUUAUCUGUAUUCACACAAUACUUCAGCCCAACCAAUUUACAGGUUUCUUGUGAGGAUAAGGUAGCCAGAAGCUUUGCAGAGCCUUGAUUUUUAACAGGCUUAAAUGUAAUUAACUGCAUAGAUUUUUUUGCUUUAAGAUCAUCCUGUAUUAUCUUUCUGUUUCCUAUUCCCCCCUCCUCAACAAUAUUCAAGUGUUUAUUCCAAGCAGGAAGUAGGGGGUUGGCUUCUUACUGACACUCUACUCGUCCCACCUUUGAACUCCACAUUUUUUGGAACUAGUGCAAAAAGUCCACAUGUGUACAGUCCCUUAUGAAUAUCCUUGAAAAAUAGAAUGUGCGGACAUUGUGCAUAAUCUGCUGAAUGUGUGGAAAUCGGGGAUGGCACUUGCUGGUGUGUUCCCAGUUCUUGUGCUUGUGUGUUCAUUCCUACCUAUGAUCAGUGUUUGAACAAGGCUUCUGUAGCUUUGUUAUAUUUGCCUUUUCCUGCUCUCCAUUUUUUGUUUCCCCCAUUGUUGAAAUGUAGGGCAAAAUCACUGUGAUCUGUUCUCCGGGAACCUUCACACUCACAUGUUCUUGUUAAGCCCUGGUUUGGCUUGUUGUUAUGUGCUAACGGGGUCACUGUGUGUAUCUGGCAGGAGAGGGAUGGUUGUAAGAAUUCCCCAGCAAUGCAGUCCAAACUGUUCUAAAUGUAAACAUAACAAGAAUCCUGUAGUAGCUUAAGGACAAAUAUAAUUAUUGUGAUAAUUUUAAGAUUCCAGGACUUGUUGUUUUUGCUAUAACAGACUUGCAUGGCUAUUCUUUUGGAAUUUAUCUAAAAUGUAGACUUCUAGAGAGAAUAGAGUUGUGAGCACAGAAAAAACGUGUUGGGUUAAGACUUGAACAAGUAGCAGUGCAACUAAUGAGAAUAAUGGUAUUGGGCCAGUUGGAUUAGUUCUUUCAGUCAUAAGAUAAAGAAUUGCAGCUGUUGGGGCACAAAAAUAUGCCCCAAAAUUGUUGGUAAACAGAAAUUUUAGAAUUGUUCUGUUAAAGUAAGCUUGCCGUUUCUCUCUCCCUUUCUUUAAAAAAAUAGCCCUCUAGCAGUGGUAGAGCAGCAGAACUUCUUGCCAAAGAACGAGGAAGUGUUCCUGGGUUUGUUGGCUUCAGCACAUCUUCAAGUGACCUAGGCUAUGUCCCUGCGAUUCAAGGCGCUGAAGAAAUAGAUAGCCUUGUGGAUGCUGACUUUCGAAUGGUGCUGAGAAAACUUUCCAAGAGAGAUGUUACAACCAAAUUAAAAGUAGGUUUGUUGUACUGCUCUUAAAUGCCUAGUAAUUAUUUAUUGAUAUGCUACUUAAAUCAAGUUUAGACAAAUAUUAUGAGGAUAGAAAUACACCGAAGAAAGAAACAGUUACUUUCAGUUUAUUUCUAACAAAUGGUUUAUUGCACUAUAGGGUAUUGUGUGAUUUGUUUAGCUGCAUAUUUUAAUGGUUAGGCAAGCCUAGGAUUGCAACUUUAUUUGGAAUUAAGAACUUUUAAACUUGAUGGGGCUUGCUUAUGUAAACUAAGUAUAAUAUCAUGAUGCAAGUCCCAUGUAUGUCAACAAGAGAUGUAGCUUGUUUACUCGUAAAUAAAUCCCAUUGUAACUCAGUUGAACUUACUCUCAAGUAAAUGUGGAUAGAAUUCACCCUUAGCCUUUGGGUUACCAAGUGAUUCACAAGGUUCCAGGCUGUAUAUCCAAUACAUGUGUAUAUUCAGAAGUAAGUCCCACUGAAUUGAGUGGGACUUACUCACAGAGAAAUGCAUAUAUGCUUGCACUGAUAGUAGCUGAAGGGUAGGAAUGGAGGAUUUCAACAAAUACUUGAUAUCCUUCCUUUUACAUGUUGUUUAGGCCUUACAUGGUUUUAGCAUGUUCUGUAAAAUAGUUAUCCAGAGCUGAUGGAAAGUGAUGUGGAAAAGGUUACCCCAGUCUUUAAAGUUGCAUGUGUAGAGACAAGUGCAGUCAUAAAGCAUAUGGGAAGGAUAAUAGAUUAUCAGUGUUUGGAAUUCAUGCUCAUUUUCUCUUUUUUAAUUUCAGGCUAUGCAAGAAUUUGGAACAAUGUGUAAGGAGAGAGAAACAGAGAUUGUUAAAGGAGUCCUACCUUAUUGGCCUAGAAUUUAUUGUAAAAUAUCUGUUGUAAGUAUUAAACUCUUGGAUUAUGGUGAAUAUGGACAGGUUUAUAUUUCUGACAAUUGUCAAAGAAAUCAGUGCAUGGUUCUAUUGUGCUGGGUAUGAUUAGUUUUGAAGAAAGUUUGUGACUUGGUAUAGAACUACUUUGUGCUUUAUGAACGACUCAUAUUACAAAGGAGUAUGGGAAAGCUUGAGAUAAUAUUGUAUACCUUGGUUUAGGGACGCGGGUGGCGCUGUGGGUUAAACCACAGAGCCUAGAACUUGCUGAUCAGAAGGUCGGCAGUUCGAAUCCCCACGACGGGGUGAGCUCCCGUUGCUUGGUCCCUGCUCCUGCCAACCUAGCAGUUCAAAAGCAUGUCAAAGUGCAAGUAGAUAAAUAGGUACGGCUCCGGCAGGAAGGUAAAUGGCGUUUCUGUGUGCUGCUCUGGUUCACCAGAAGUGGCUUAGUCCUGCUGGCCACAUGACCCAGAAGCUGUACGCCGGCUCCCUCGGCCAAUAAAGUGAGAUGAGGGCCGCAACCCCAAAGUCGUCCGCGACUGGACCUAACAGUCAGGGGUCCUUUACCUUUACCUUGGUUUUUAAAUGUCAGGAUUGAUGCCAAGUAGCUUUUGAUUUUUUGCCCCAGAAACUGAGAGACUGAUAUAAAUACUGAGCUCUUAAGUGGUACACCUGUAUAGUAUGCCUGUUUAUUUUUACAUAUAGUUACCUAUAUUUCCCCCCCCCAUAUUUAUUGUAGGAUCAUGAUCGUCGGGUCAGAGAAGCAACACAGCAAGCUUUUGAGCAGCUUAUUUUGAAAGUUAAGAAACAUUUGGCUCCUCAUUUAAGAAGUCUUAUGGGACACUGGCUGAUAGCUCAGUGUGAUACUUACUCUCCUGCAGCGUCAGCAGCUAAAGUGGCAUUUGAAAAAGCCUUUCCACCAAGCAAACAGCCUGAAGCCUUAGUAUUUUGUAAAGAUGAAAUUCUGAAUGUGAGUUUUCCAGUCUGUAUGACCAUGUUAAAGGUUUAUGUUAAUUGUGUUUUGGCUUUUUAAAAGAGUGAAAAGAACCAGGCAGAGGGCCUUCUGGGUAGUGGCGCCUGCCCUGUGGAAUGCCCUCCCAUCAGAUGUCAAAGAAAUAAUCAACUAUCUGUCGUUUAGAAGACAUCUGAAGGCAGCCCUGUUUAGGGAAGCUUUUAAUGACUGGUGUUUUAAUGUAUUUUUAAUAUUUUGUUGGAAGCUGCCCAGAGUGGCUGGGUAAACCCAACCAGAUGGGUGGGGUAUAAAUAAUAAGUUGUUGUUGUCACAUUAGAUAUACAUCUAGUUUUGAGUUUGAUUCUUAAUUACAUCAAAUAUAUAUUCUGUUCUUUUCUUAAUUAUUUCUGAUGUAGUAUGGACAGAGAAAGUUUUGUCUAAAACCAGGAUCAUCGUUUACACUAUAAUUAGUUUCAAGACAAACCAAUUUCAUAACUCAUGGUUUGAAGUGGACUUGUUUGGAGUCUUAAUAUUAAACUACAAUCCCCAGUUCAGAUGAAGAGGAAGGCUGCUAUUUUACUGAAAACAAAAGAAAAGCUUUUACGUAUUUUCUUGACCACACAGGAGCGGGAGGCAGGAACGUGUGAAUCCAAGACUUGCUGCAGCUCAUACCCAUCAUGAUACAUCAUAAUGCAUUGUGAUGCUCCAAUUUAGGCAGUGAAUAUUAGUGAGAGAGAAAAGGUGUUACAAAUGCAAAUUCAUUUUUACUUUUUGGUCUUUGUAGCUGCUGAUACUAUCCAAAUAGAAGCUGCGAUGUUCCUGGCAUGCAUAGUUGAGCUUGUUUAACCAAGAACGAAAAAAUACACAAAGUCACACAUAUGUUCCUCAUUAAUUUCGAAGUGAUUUACACUUUGGAAAUUCUACGAUGAAAAAAACAUAAUGUUGUAGUUGUUUUGGUUUAUAAAACUCAAUAUUAACUUUUCUAUGAGAACUGCAUAAUUUUAUAUUCCAUUUAAGGACAUCUAGUUGAUUCUUCUCUAGGUACUCCAAGAUCACCUUUUGAAAGAAACACCUGAUACACUAAGUGAUCCACUGUAUGUACCUUUAUAUAAAUAUGUUUGUUUUGUAUUAAUUCACAAUAAAUAUGUAAAACUUAGAAGCAUGUUUCAGAUCCAUUAUAUCAAAUUAUGGGAAGCAUUUCUCCCUGCCCAGAAUUUUGUGUGCAUAUAUAUAAAGGAGACUUCCUCAUUCACUUAAAUAGAAGCCCUUGCAUAUGUGGGAGUUUUGUGUGUACCAUAUAUCUAUCUUGCUUUCAGUGCACUGCUGGAUUAUAGCAAUAGUAUGUUUAGAACACUGCCUUCUCUUUAAUAUUUCACAGUCAAUGCAGAUAGGUCUAGUAGUUUAGUUUGCUUGUGAGAAAUUAUGCUUGAAAAAAAUUGUUAUAAUUUUGCUUCGUGACAAAGGACAUACAGUGUCUAGAGUGAAUUAGAAGAUGGAUUUAACUUGGUAGUGCAAUAUUGGUAGUGAUGCUUAGUAAAAAACUUUUCAUUAUUUCUAAGACUAAUGCUGUUUCUCAGACCUCUCAGAUUGAUAUUUUUAUGUAUAUGUACAAUGUGUGAUAUUCAGAGAAGGACUAGCUUUCAGAGUGAGGUUGUGCUAUCCUUUUUAACAAAUUAUUUAAAAUCAAAUAUGAAAAUUGUGUUCAUGGCUGAACUGUAAAACUAUAUAGCUUAUAUAUUCAAUUCUUUUGUUUUAAUAGAACUGUGCCAGAGGAAGAAAGGGAGGCCAAAUUCUUUCGAAUGCUGACAUGUUCUUUGUUAGCUUUAAAGAAAUUGAUUUGUAUGUUACCCAGUAAUGAGAAUAGUUCAUUGGAGGAGAAACUUAAACCUCUGCUGACUCAAAACAAAUUUUGGAAAUACGGGAAGCACAACUCACCACCGGUAUGUUUAUCUUUUUGUCCACUUUCUAAAAUGAAUCUUAAAAAUGGCAUGUCAUGAUUAUCUGUUCUGAACCCUUUGCUUUCAUUCACUUUUUCUUUUUGCCUUUUCAUAUACAUUGCUGAAUUUUUACAUGGAUUGCCCAAAAUAUGCAGGUCAUAAACCUAUUACAGUCCAUUGUGUCUGCUUGAAAAAGUUUAAAUUUCCCUCUCCUUCCUCUCCUUCAGGUUCGUUCAGCUUUUUUUGAGCUGAUUUCUGCUUUUUGUCAGUACAUUCCUGAGUCAAUGAAAGCUGAAGCUUCAAGAGUUUGCCCAGCGGUUCUUCUCAGCAUUGAUGACAGUGAUGCCAUUGUUUGCCCUGCUCUUUGGGAAGCUGCACUUCAUGUCCUUACUGCUAUUGAGGUAAUACAGUGAGCUAAAUGGAAGCAUUAUUUCUCACAAUUCUCAGGGACUUGUUUCCAGGGGUCAGCAAACUUUUUCAGCAGGGGGCCGGUCCACUGUCCCUCAGACCUUGUGGGGGGCCGGACUAUAUUUUGAAGAAAAAUAUGAACAAAUUCCUAUGCCCCACAAAUAACCCAGAGAUGCAUUUUAAAUAAAAGGACACAUUCUAUUCGUGUAAAAACAUACUGAUUCCUGGACCGUCUGCGGGCCGGAUCUGGCCCCGGGGCCUUAGUUUGCCUACCCAUGUAUGCAGACCAUGCUUCUUUAAAAAUAAUUGAUAUUAUUCAAUGCGUAGGCACAAUCUUAGUCCCACUGCAUGCUUCUCUUUAGUUCAGCUAGCACACUCAAAAACCUCUGACGUUUUAACUCUUUCAUUAGACUGAUAAUUCACAGAUCAGUUUCAGUAGUUCUGUUUAUGUAGACCCAGAACCCACAAUUAUUACAACUUGCAAUUUGUGAAAUGUAGGCUGAGUAGUUCUGCGAAAGUUUGAUCACUUGGCUGAAUAUUAAUUUCAAAAACGUGGAAAAUUGAGUCCAUAAAACUAUGUCAUUACUUUGAUGUAGAAGCAAAUAUUAUAUAGGUCCUGACUUCCUGAAAAGAGGUCUAGUUUAAGUUCUGCUUAAAUAUCACCGCACUUAACAUUUAUUUUCCUGUUGUCUCUUAGAAUGUUCAUUAACUUUCAAAUUUGUAAGUACGUCAAAUUAGCAUGCUUCUUUUGCAGUGUGGCCCAGAGGGCUACUCCAUGAAAUAGAUUGUGCAUUUGUUAGGUUGCUCUUUCCAAGCUAGCUGAGUAGUCUUUAAUUUACUUCUGAACCUUGUGUUGUUCUGUAGGAUUGUUGGAGUCAUGUGAAUGCAAAAAAGGGAGUCCUGCCAAAAAUAUGGGCAGUCCUUCGAGAAGGAGGACGUGGUCUUGCUACAAUUAUAUAUCCUAAUCUCUUGCCUUUCAUUAGCAAGAUACCUCAUGGUAUUACAGAACCGAAGCUGGACUAUUGUAGAACAUUUUUCACCGCCAUAAUUCAAGGGUAUGAACAACUAGUUCUUUUUUGAUUAAAGAUCGCCUUAUGCAUGUUUGGAAAUGAAGGGGAAUGUAUAGUGGGUAAUAUCCAAAUGGGUCGUAUCCAGUGGUGUUGCAGGAAGAGAGACCAUUUUCACCUUCGCUCCCCAGAUCUACUUCACCUGCUGUGUGGCACCAUUAAAUGCAUCCCAUAAUUUAAACACAUUUUACAAUUGUAGAUGCUAAACAACAGUGCUCUGUAUACUUCAAUGCACCCAUCAUAGUAAUACAUUGAUUACUAUUUUUAAAAUAUUGUUCUUUGUUCUUCUAAUCUAGUUCUGUGCUUCUGAUUUUCCAAUCAGUGCACUUUCAGCACAGUGUAAAGCUAUAGCAUUCAUUGGGAAGAAUUCAACAUAGCGCUAAGGAGACCGUUCUAUCAGCACAAGCUUGCAGGCAUCUACUAGUGGGAACUGUUAGUUAAAUCAGGCUCUUUGAUUACAUUUGAAUUCAAAACUAUAAAUGAAAUUUAUUAUGUUUCUCAAUUUUGUGUUUGUCUAGGUUGUUGACUGAAAGGGCUAUGGCUAGCCGUUCAGAAUGUUCAGCAAUCCUUUCGGCUUUCAUGGAAUGUUUACGAUUUACAGUGCUACAGAAUAUAGGUGAAGAAGAAGAAGAAAUUAAAAUUCAAGAAAUGCUUAUAAAUGAUCAGGUAUUUUUUCAUGGGAAUAUAUCAUUUACUUCUAAUAAUUUUUAGUAAUUUGAGUUUGAGCCAGUUGCCUAAACGUCUGUAAUGAAAUGGCUAAAAUACUCUCUGAUGCAAGGAUUUUGAAUAGGAGAUUGCCACAAGUGGCCCUCUUCACCACCUUUAUGACUGCAAAACUUCCUAGGGUAAAACAAAUAAAUAUGUUAGAUCACAGGUGGGCAACCCACAGGCUCCAAGUUCACUACCAGCUACCCAGCAACUUAAAUUCCUUCCACCCCACUCCCCUGUUAGCUCACCAAGCAUUCCUUACAGCCUGCCUUGAGUUACUCAAGUUACAGGCAAAUUCACACCCACCCACAGUUCUCACCUGAGCUUCCCAACUAGUUGUUUGGCAGACUGUGGGGAGCCCAGUUUAGACCGACCGUUGUGCUUCCCUCAGUCUACUAAACAGCUGUUUGGUGCUGGCAAGUACACUCCCCUCACCCUGUCAAUCAACUGGGGAGGGCAGCUCAUGUGCAUCCCCUCCAGCUCAUUGUUGUUAAGGAUUGUGCUAACAGUUAGCUAAAUGAACUAGGUCUGUGGUAAAUACCUUUCAGAAUAUUUAUAUUUAUCUGUGCCUUUUCACUGUUGCUGCUGCUGUAGCUAUGCCUAGGGUUGCCAUCUUUCAAAAAGUAAAAUCCAGGACACCUUGAAAGUUGUUGAGCUUUUUUUAAGAAGACCCCACAACUGUUGAGCUCUUUUUAGACAAACGCCAAAGCUUUGGGUGUUUACAAAAACACCCCCAAAACGGGACUUCUACUGGACACCUUCCAGAAAUCCCAGACGUAUGGCAGACCUAGCUAUACCAUUCUCUUCUCCUUCUCACAACCCCCAUUUUGUUAAGUUUUCUGUUUGCUGUGACGAUUUUCAUUGCCUAUGGCAACAGCACAGCAAAUUAGGUACAGUAGCAGCCUGGACACAUCCCACUUCUCCCUCUCCCACCCUGCUUUUCACCAUAUUUGGGUGUGUGGGUGGAAAUCACCAAAAGGAAGGGUCACUUUUUGUAGUGACCAACAUUUUCUACAUCAUGCCCUACUUUAAUCUCUGCACUAAAAUGAAUAUAUUUUCUCUUUACAGCUAGUUCCCCUCAUUGACACAGUGAUUAAAGAGCCCAGGUUACAAAAUGGACCUUUGUUUUUUGCGAUAGCAGACACCUUGCGCUUUUGGAACACGCGAGCAGAAAUUUCAAGUGGUGAUGGAGCUGCUCCCACUUUCCGGAGAAUAUUGUCGGACUUUUGGGAUGGCCUUUCAACUAUAUGUGUGGGGCACAUUGAUGUAAUAGACGCAGAUGAGAAAUCUUUGGCUGCUGUGUCCUCUUUGCUACAAAUCCUUCAGAACCCAGAAAAUAAGAUAAAACCAAGCAGAAGAAAAGCUGUGAAGAUCAGGUUUGCAGAAGAUGAUGAAGCUGAAAGCAACACUGAACAUGAAAAUUUUGUUGAUAUGAGAAGCAGCAGUGAUCCUGGCACUCUUAUUCAUGCACAAUAUCUUUCCCCUCUACAGAAAGAGCCUUUAGAAGAUUUAGUUUGUAAACUUGCAGAACUGAGUAUUGUGUAUACCAAUGAACAAAGGUCUGACCGGCACUUAAAGUUCCUCUCUGCUCUCCUCAGUAACUUUGCCUCCAGUAGAGUUUUCCAGGUUCUGUUGGAGAAUAGGACCAGUAUUCAGGAAGUUGCAAAGCUUCAGUAUGAAAAUCCUUCUAUCCAAUUUCUCUAUGAAAAUCUAAUUGGUUGGCUGAAAGAAGACUGGAGAAAAGAGACAGAUUUCUUGGUUGAUAUUUUGUAUAGUGUCCUCCAUUGCUGCAGCAGUGCCCCAGAGAGAGAAAACAUUCUAAAUGACUUAACAAAGGUACACUUUCUUAAAAAUAAGUUUCAUAGAAUUGUAGAGUUGGAAGGGACCACAAGGAUAUUCUAGUCCAACCCCCUGCAAUGCAGGAAUCCUUCAACCAAUGAGGGGCUCGGACCCACAGCCCUGAGAUUAAAAGUCUCAUGCUUACCUACCAACUGAACUACAGUCAUACCUCAGGUUGCAAUAGCUGCGGGUUGCACAUUUUCGGGUUACGGACACGCCGAGACUCAGAAUUACCGGAACGGGUUACUUCUGGUUUUUGGCGCAUGCGCAGUAGCGCCGAAUCGCGUCAUGCACGUGUGCAGACACUGGUUGCGAACGUGCCUCCUGCAUGGAUUACGUUCGCAACCCGAGGUUCCACUGUAUUUGAUUUGCUAUGAUUUGGUAGACUGGUGGUGAGUUUAACAGUUUGGAUCAAUUUUCUCUUAUGUAAUUUGAGAUUUGGAAUGAAACAUUUUGGAUAUUUAGGAUUGGAAUAGAAUAAUUUGGUAGCAGUAAUAUAGUUUCAUAAGCAGGUGCUGAUCAGUUUUUUAAGAAAAACAUGUCUAAUACUAACCUAUGCUAAUUUAUUCAUUUCAUAUUGAAAUUUAGAAAGUUAGGGUUGUAUCCAACACAGCACAAGUGGAGAUCCACUUAUACAACAGGGCUUCCCCUUCCUCUCCUUUUUCCAUGCACCCCCAAAUUGCCCAGUUUGUUCUCUCUCAACCACCUGGAGCAGAUUUUGAGGAUGAGUUAGGGGUUGCACAAAAAAGAAAAGGAUGGGGAUAUUUAGUGACGCAAGUGGGAGUCUGCUGCACAAGCAGAACAGCAAUGUGGGACACAACUCUGCUUUCCCACCCAAAGGAUCCUCAAAAAGUUCAAUUAAAAAAAUUAGCAAACUUUUAGAAAUCGAGAGGAGCACACAAGCAAAAUCAGUAGCAUAAUCAGUCACCUGGGGCAGAGGGUUCCACUGUCUGGGUGCUGCAGCUGAGAAGGCUCUGUCCCACAUUUCCACCUGCCAUGCUUCUGAUGACAGUGCGACAUGGCUACUUUAAGGGGGAAAAUGUGCCACAGGCAGAACCACUCGCAAGGAAGCCUCUCAGUUUGGCACUCAUGAGAACAGAUCUUCUGAAGAAACUGUCCAGUUAUACUAAGCAAAGGGGAGGAGGGAGUUAUCUUGCAGCAGAUUUAUGUGUACGUUUGUAAAAAUAUUUGUAUCCCUGCAAGGAGCUCAACUUAGGGAAGAUUUGAACCUAGGUUUCCCAUACCUUAGUCCAGUACUCUAACCAUUAUGCUGCAUUGGCUAUAAAUGUUAAACUUUUCACACAAAUUGUUUUAAGUUUCUGCUUAUCACAUUGUUGAUGUUCUCUCUUUUUUCUGUUUUUGUUUCAGAUGGAUCUGAAAUGGAAUAUUCUUCUUCAGAUAAUUCAAAAGGUAUAUUCAAGAUUUUUGUUGGUUUUUUUACACAUACUAGUUUUGUAUCCAGAGAAGCAUGAAUUUAAGAUUAUUUAAACAGACAGUUUUAUUGCACUUUAUGUAAAUAUCUGUCCCAUUUUCUGUGUGUGCUUAAGAUGAAAAAGCCCUUUCUGUGCUGAAUCACUUGCACAAUUGGUAAUUAACUAUAGACACAUGUCUAUAUAAUUUAUAAUAAGUAGUAUAGUAUAUUUGAACAUUAAAUAAUUAAACCACCACUAAAAUAUACUUUGGUAUUUUUAAUGUUUUAGGCAUGUUCAAACUCAGAGAAACAUUCAUUGAGUUCUGCUUGGCUGGAAGGAGAUGUGUUAGGAGAAAAGCUUGUAACUCUGGCUGAUGACUUGUGCAACACAAGUUUGAAAACGACAGUAGCUUCAGCAGAAUCUUUUCAUUCAGAAAGAUGGACUCUUCUAAGCUUGGUGUUAUCUCAGCUUAUUAAAAAUGGUAGGUGGCUUCAGUUUACCCGAGGAAAGAAUAAAAUUAACUGCAAGAGCUGGCAGACAGGCUUGUCAUGGGUGGGAAGUGUGAGACAAAGGUGGUGUUAAGGUGAAUAAUAUAAUAUUGCAUUUAUUCUUUCUAAGAUCCCAGUAAGAAGCCAAGGUUCAGGGCUUCAGAGAUAUGGAAUGCCAAAAGCAAGUAGCUGACUAACAUACACUUGGCAGAGAUCUUGCUAGCCAGUUGACCAAGAUCAAGUCUAUGUCUGAACCAUAGCUAAGGAUUCUUGUACAUGGGAAAGACUCUGACUCAUAUGCUCACUAUUUCAUUCCUUGAGAUUUUCACGACUGUACCCAUGCAUUAAGUCAGAAGACUAACUAUCUGGAUCUGAUAAACUUAGCUCCACAUAGGAACACUUUUGCAGAAAUUAGAUUUAAUAUGAUGCCCUCUGCUUUUUUGGAUGGUCAUUGUAAGAAAUUAUGCUUCAGACAACAUAUUUUGUAAAACCGUCACAGAGGAUAUUGUUCAUUAUAUUAUUCAGUGCCCACUUUAUAAAGAUCCCCAUGAAAAAUAUUUGUUGGAGAUUAGUUUCAGGGAGAACUUUGUUUCACCUAGUAAGUUUGUUUGCUUUUUUGCUGUUUGAUAAAGGAACACACAAAGUAACAUAAUUUUCAUUAUUUGUGUUGGGGACCAGGAAAUUGAGAGCUAAAUUUCUACUCAAUGCUACAUGUGUUUUUUGUUUCUAUUUUUUAAUGGUUUAUAGCUAAACAAGUGCAGUAUUACAUACCUAUCUGCCAAAGGAAGAAUCUCAGAGCUGCUGGCCCAGUUUCCUCAGGCUGUAAGCACUGUAAUUUCAGCAUGCACACACUGAUCAUGGAGUAACUUAAAAUGUGCCUUUUUUUUAAUCAAUAGAGUCCUUGAUUGGUGAAGUUUAUGUUAAAAGGAUUAUUGAUAAACUUCAAGCAGCUCUGUCUAAAGCAAAGGAUCUUUCAGAAGCUGGAAACACAGAACCAUCGGUGUCUUUCAUCUGUGACAUAGCCUCUAACUUUUUCAGCUCAGUUAAAGGAUGCUUGUUGAUGCCAUCAUCAGAAGAUUUGUUGCUCACCAUUUUCCAGUUGUGUGCACAAAGCCAGGAUACAACACAUUUGUCAGGUAUUGCACAAUAAGUAUAUGUUGAUGAUACCAUAUGCUGGACUAUGACUCUCAUCUUCCCUGACCAUUGACUAUGCUACUAAGGCUGAUGAGAGUUGGAGUUUAACAGUAUCGUCCAGCUUCUUUCCAUUUGCACAGUAGAACUUCCAUGGGGGAAGGGCUAUAGGUCAGUGAUAGAGCAUUUGCUUUACUAGCAGAAGGUCCCUGGGUGAAUUCCUAGCACCUCCAAAUAGACUGUGGUUUGGGGGAAAUGGUCUCCCAAGUCAAAUGGGGAGGCCUGGCAGGCCAAAUUUAGCCCAUAGACUGGAGGUUUCCCACCCAUGGUAUAGACAACUCGGUAUAAGGCAACUUCCUGUGUUGCUAUGUUCCUCUUCUGGUGCAUUCAGCUGAAGCAAAAUAUUGUUUCCAGUAAUGCCUAAGUGCUGGUGAUCAUCCCUGAACGCUCUGGAAGUGGCAGUUCCAACAUUCAAGUGAAGAGAAGCUGGCAUGAGGUGAGAGAAGACAGAGGAAAGAUUCUAUCCUCUGAAAGUUGUCACUACUGACAAGUACAUUGACUUAAGGCAUGGAGCAAGGGAGCUGGCUCAGUUGGGAGCUGCGGCCUCAAGGUGCCUGGACUGCCUUGAGGUGGCACUUCCCAAAGCCUUUGUGAGGCAUAUGCUGUGUGUGUGUGUGUGUGUGUGUGUGUGUUGCGGAUUGCAUGUGUGUAGCUUCCAUGAGUAUGUGAGGGGGUGAUCCCAUGCUCAAGGAUAGGAUUCUGCUCUUAUGCUAAUGGAUUUAGCAGUAUGACUAAUGCUUCACCAUUAUGCUCAGAAGUUAAAAUGUUCAGCCAUUUUUUUUUUAUUGAUGUAGAUUUCCUUGUGAAUAAGCUGAAGCACACAUGGUUCUGUGGCUUAACUUCACUUGUGCAACAUCUUAGCGAUAUGCAUAAAGACAGCACCUUCCUGCAGAGAUCUGCAUUUUGGGUCAAGAACCAACUUCAGUCCUCAACGCUGGAUGUUAAAAGGUAAGCAGUGCGCUGCUUAAUUUCUUUGCUGGGGCUACCACAAUUUUAACAAGGCUUCGUCUUUUCACCAGGAUUUUAAAUCAAGAUCUGAAAGUGGUUUCAAAACCUAGUUAAAAUGAAAUUGUUAUGAAAUUCAGUGGUGCCGUAAUAAUGGAGGUGUGAGUCUUAACAUUCAAGGUAUGUCAUUGUAUGGAAAGAUGUGAAAUACGUUAUUUUUUAAUUACCUGGUUUCUUCACAGUUUGCAGGUUUUGAUCACAGCAGUUCAUGACUUGUUGACUAAACUUUUGGAAGCUGAUAAAGUUCCUACUUAUACUCUGAAGGAUUAUUUUGAUUGGCUCACUCCAAGUGAGUCUGAAUGGGAAAAGAUGCGGGGAUCUCUAUCCAGUGAGGUAUAUAAGUUUCCACAGUGUCAUUGUACAGUGAAUAGUUACUGUCAGCAUUUGCAGUUAACUUCUUGGGACCAAUUUUUUGUUGCGGCUAAAGCAACAUGAACGAGCAGGCCACCAGAUUCUGCAUGAAGAGCGCAUGUUAUCUAUGUGCCAUAAAUAUGUCUCUUGAUAAUUAGUUUUAUGUGUUAACUUUUAACUAUAGUCAAUUGUUGCUAACUGUUAUAUUAAAAUGUAUAAUAUUAAUGCAACAUUCCUAUUAUGUGAACAGUAAUGAAAAAAUUACAAUCUUGUAUGACUCUGGGGGAAAAUGAAAUUCAAUUUUUUUACUUCCUAUGUGUUGCUGUAGUGGUUAAAGAAACCACUUUUGGAAGGAAGACUGAGUAUGAAUUGUGAAAUACCUGAAAUGGUGAAAGAUCAGAAGCUUUGUUUCAUGGGAAAACUUCCAAGCCACCUAUGUACUGCAGCUCUGUUAAGCAGAAUGACACUACUAAUACUGGGAAAAGGGGCUGAAAACCAUGAAGUGGAAAGAAGCAAAAUUGAAAAUAUCAGUAAGUGACAAAAAAGAAAGAAAUCAAACUUUUAAAAAUCUUAUUGUUUGCAAUUUAUAAUUUAUUUUCUGACCAGUUUCUGUAGAGUCCUGUUGUCAAACAGAAGUGUGACAUACAUUUAUUUAUGUAAAAUAUUUUUAAGGGACAACUGAUAUUUGAAAACUCUGAAUUGAUAAAGAUAUGCUAGGAUUAUAAUUGAGUGGCAUUUGUCAUGCUUUCUGUGUUAUCAUUUACACUAGGCUUGUGUGUACAUAACUUGAAAUCACAGUUGGUUUAAAAGUGAAUGUGCUGUGUAUGGGUUGAAAAUCACAGCAGCACAGCUCCUCCCUCCCUGUUGCUGCUGCCAGGAGCUAAGCAGUGGUUUGUCUUAGCAUUAUGUUCAUUGUUUCCCAGACUCAAUGUUUGUCUCCCUCAAACAAGCCACAAGUGGUAAGGCCAGAACAAAGCUUGAUUACAACUUGAGGUUUGUAUGGAAAAAGGCAAACAAUGAGCACAGGUUCAAAUGCAACUUAAACCAAACCAUGCCUUAGCCCCUGGCAGCAGUGACCACAGUAGGAGCAGAGAAGGAGUGAAUCAGCCAUAAUUUUUGCUCUGUGCAUGCUGUGUGUUUGCCUUUAACCUAGAUGUGGGGAACGUUUGGCUCUUUAAGAUCUUGCUAAAGUAAAACACCCACCAUCCCUGGUCAUUGGUCAUGCUUGCUGGGGCUGCUGGAAGGGGUUGUUCAGCAACAUCUGGAGAGCCAAUGGUUCCCAACCUUUGCUUUAAACCACAGUUGACCUUAACUGUGGUUUACAGUGGCACAUGAAACAGGCCACUGUGGUUUAUUGCACAGAACUCCUACGUGCACAGGCGUCCCUAUUUAUUUUAAUUGUAGGGCAGAAAGCUCUUUUGUGUACAUGGAGACGCCUCCUCUUUUGAAAUGAAUAGGAAAUACCUUGUGUGUGAAAGCUUUCAGUGUCAUAAAAGUUCUGAUAUGAACAAGGAACUCCUGCCCUGCACAGUCUAUUGUGUAGUCUAAUAAGUGGAGUGUUGGAUUUAGAAUUAGGUGACAAACGCAUAUAUCCUCAUCUCUGAGCUUCAAUUUACCUAUCUGUAAAAGGAGAUUAUAGUUGAUUUAUGGGAUAAUAGAAAUUUGAAACAUGUAUAUUAAAAGGACAUUAUAUAAACAGCUUCCUCUGGUGAUUGUUGCAGUAUAAAUUUUACCAUGUUCAAUUAUAUGUUUAAUAACUAUUACAAGGUUAGCAACAAAUUCAUUUGCUGGAUUAUACUAUUCAGAUAUUGUUCUGUUGUUGUUAUUCUAGUCGCAGAACAGCUAUAUGCCUUACAGUGGAUUGAAGAAUUAGCAAACCCACCCAGCAUUCUUACUGAAUUCCUUUACCACCUGCAAGUAAUGGAUAUUUCAUGUGAAAAAUUAUGCAUACUCACUAAUACAAAUGGCCUAUUAAGAAUAUUAUUCAAUAGGUAGGUAUUUUUUUAUUUUUGAAAUCAUUGUUUCUCAAAAAACAAACAAUUGUUUCUCAAACAGCUUUCAUUAGAAAGCAACAAAUAUCCCAGUUCUUCCUGUUCAGGUAUCACUUUUGUUAUCUAACCUGAAGUUUGUCUCCUUGUGAAUUGUUCACAUCAAGAAUAAAUAAAAAUGAACAUUUAUCUUGUCUUUAAAUAAACCAGAUUUAUCACAGAAACUUUAUUAUUCCAUAGAUCAAAAGACUGUGGACGACUUUGGGCCUUAACCAUGGCUAAAUUGAUAAAAACUGAGAAUAUUGCAUCCUGUGAGAUAAAAGGACUAUUCAGUACAUCAGAAAGGUAUGAUAGUUGGCUUGUAGUUUUUCUUAGACUGUGAUCACACCUACUGCUGCCCCAUUGAUUAAAGUAGGAAAUGGGAGGAAAGGCCCACAUUGUGUCUCACAUUAUAAAGAGAGAGGAUAUGUCCAGCAAUGCUCUGGUCCAAAAUCUGAUGGCAGUGAUAAAAGUGCAUAUUAGUGAUCAUAUAACUGGCUGUUUGGAUUUUCAAGCUUUGCUCCAAAUUGGAGCCACUCUAUGAUAAAGACCUUCCCCCUCUUCAAGAGAAGCACAUGUGUCACAUGAGUAUGAGGUGGAAAUGAUGUUUCACUGCACCUGGUCCCUAAACAACAUAGACAACAAACAACAAUAGCUCUGAAUUUGGAUGGAAUUAAUUCACCUAUAACAUAUAUCAUGCAUCAUGACUAGGAUGAAAUAUGGUUGUUGGGUCAUAAUUUGUUGGCUACAAGUAGCGCAAAACAGUAAAAAUAUUCUAUAUUGUUGAUACGUACUUAGAUAUUUGGUGGCGCACGUGCUGCUUUUGGCGCCAAAAGGGGGUGGAAUGGGGCGGAACAGACUGAUGGACAUCCCGCUGACAUGCGCGGUAGCCAGGAAUGCAACCCUUGUGCGAGUGGAAAGUUGCCUGUACUGUCUUUCAGGCCAUAAAACCUUAAGGUGGCUCACAUAAUAAAACAUAUAAAAUCCAUAUUUUUUCUUUCCCCCCCAUCCCCAACAACAAUGCCAUAUACCCUCCUGCCCCUGUGAUAAAAUAGAAAAUAUAAUAGUAAAAUACUGACAAAUUAUAUUACAUAAACCCGGGCCAGCCUCAAAUCUAUCAUUUAAAAGUGUGGUUAAAAGCUAGGUAUUUAGAGCCUUUAAACAAUCAACAGGAGAGCCAACUGCUCUUUCCAUGUGAAGGAGUUCCAUAAUGAUGGGGACAGCACUGAAAAUGCCAUGUCUUCUGUAACCACCAGCCUUAUUGAUGUUGCUGGCAGUUUUGAAGCAGAGCUUUUAUAGCUGAUCUUAAGGCACAGUCAUAUGGGAGCAGGUGAUCUUUCAGAUAGCCCAAGUCAUUUAGGGCUUUAAAGGUAACCAGCACUUUGCCACGGCUCUUCUGGGCCCAAGUCAAUCAGUACAGCUGGUACAGAGUUGGAGUUACAUGCUCUCUCCUGACAUCAGUUCACUAUUUCUACAGUUUCCCUAAGCCUAGUAGGUGUAAAUGAUGAGUGGCAGAGCUGUUAAAGACACUUUAGCCUGAUCAUCUUGGUUACUUCAUAUAGAUGUUAAAUAGCUUGAGAAACAGAAAUGGAACAUCCUUAGCAUUCCUGAUUCCCCGCCCCCCCUCUGUUCCUAUAUGCUUUACUUCCCUUUGGUGGAGAGUCCUAUCUGUUUCAAAUAAAUGCUCUGGGGGUCCUGGUUUGUGGUUGUGCAAAUCCCAUUUCUUCAUAAAAUUCUGCAACAAAACUUUCCCUGUUUCAUGGCCUUUCUGAAUUACUUUGCAUUUUAUCUGUGGACAUCAUACUGAUUUCCAGAUUGUCUGCUGAUGUGUCAUUUUCUUGGACAGGUUUUUUCCAUUAACGGAAGGCAACUUGCACACACUUCAGAAUCUGUCUUCAUUUUUACUUCAGGAAGACAAGGAAGAGCUUGUCAUUCAGUGCACUGCUAAACUAAUGACCUGCAAUGAAAGUGGACUUUACAGUACUGAUGGUCAGUGCUUUAAAUAUUAUCUCCAAUGUUUCAUUAGCUUGUAGGAGUCAGAUUUUUAAUGCUCUAAUUUAAUUAGAUGUUUGCUUGCCUUUGAGAAUUGCUUCUGUUCUUCAAGAGAGAGGAAAAGGCUCUUGACGAAUCAGUGUAUUGUUAAGUGCUUUUUCCAAGGUGCAUAUUAUUAAGCGUACUCAUUAGAUAAAUGGUAAAUCUAAGUUUCUUUUAGACAAGUUCUGAUUUAUUACAGUUUGAAGAAAAUGUAAUAUGGAUGCUGAACGUUAGGAAUUAUUUAACCUACCUUUUUCUGAUCUUGCAUCCAACCACCAGUGUCCACAUCUUGUUCUGCUUCUAAUUUACUGCUUUUCUUGUUGUUUUCAAUAACAUUUAAUGUGAUAUUUUAAAUCUAGCAUUUGACUCUGUUUUAGGAGCUUUUGGAUAUCUUGCUAUUUUAAAUUCCUGCUUGAAUUGUGGAAGCAUUGAUUAUGGAGAUCUAAUGCCUGGAAUAUUAAAAAUCAUCAUAGCCUGGCGAAAUGACUAUGAGGACAGCUUUCUUUUUAGCUGGUGGGUAGCUUUAUUACAGUUUUAUUAUGACUGGUCAGUGUUGCACAGUUGAAAUGGUUAUAUUUAUAAUAGGGCUGCAAUUCAAUUAAAUGACUGUUUGAAAUUUGUGUAAGUGUAAACAAUAUUUCUGUAGCAAGAAGCAUACUUUUCUUUUUAGAGGAUCUCCCUUUGUCUUAAUAGGCAUUAUCUUAGCAGAGGUAUUCCUCUUGUGUGUGAGAGAAGGGGAAAUUCCUCUUUGCUUUCUGCAGUGUUCACAAAUACUGAAAAAAAAUACUUUACAAAAUCUGCUGCCUGAUUAAUUUUUGUUUUUGUAAUUUUCCUCCCUGCCCCCCAGCAAUCUACAGGAAGGAAGCCCACAGGUGCUUGGCUUGAACAUAGAGAUGAUCCGGUUUAUUUCUUUGUUGCUGAAUGAUCCUUCCUCUUUGCUGGAGAGUGAGUGGGAUUUUGUCAUGUGUUCCAUGCUGGCCUGGUUAGAGGUAAGAAGCAAACUUAAAUGUAGGGAAUGCUAUUAAGGCCUCUGCAUGAAGUCUUGAGAGUGCAGAUAUUUUUCUUUGUGAAUCCACUGGGUGGCAGUUCCUGCCUUUGAGAAAUCUAAAAUAUGCGGCAACAGCCUAUCAUGUAAACUUAAGUAAUAUUAUUGUAUGGUUUUACUGUAAAAUUGGCUACAGUAAAUGUUUUGAACUUUUGUGAAGCAAAAAUUUCAGAACACAUUUAAGAUUAUCUGAGCUCAAUCUAAUCCCGUGCACCAGUUCCACAACAUGUUCAACAAAACAUAACUGGUAGUUUAUUUUGCUAAAAUAUGCUUAACUGAUAAAUGUUACACCUGACCUUGUACUAAGAGGUAUGGAUAAAUAUGUGGAACAAGAAUCAUGUCAAAAUGAGGGUAAAAGAAGAAAUAUAGAACAUAGAAUCGUAGAAUUGUAGAGUUGGAAGAAGGGACCACGAGGCUCCAAACCCCUACAAUCUCUUACCAUACUCUUACCAACAGAUAGAUCCUGCCAUUCUCUUUCUCAUUAGAGAGAGAAAAGACUAUUGGAAUCUAUUUUCAUACUUAAAGAAAUUGCUUUGAUUUGUUAUAGAAGGGUUUGUUGUCAUUAAACUUUUAAGAAAAUGUGUAACUUUUAGAUUACAAUUAUUCUUUGAAUGGGUGUUACUGAAAUUCCUCAGGUUUUUUUUUAAAAAAAGGAAAAAAUAAUGCCCAUCCUGGCGUUCUUCUUUCUUUUCCAGACAACAAGUGACAGCCAGGCAGUCUUUCCUGUUGCCCUUGUGCAAGUGUUUGCCUGUGUCAGCUGCGACUUGAGUGCUGCCUCGAGUGCUUUUUUCCAGGCAGCAACUCCUGAAAUCACUGAAAAACUUCCACCAAACCUCAUGGCUGAAUGGCAGGAAUUCUUUUCUGAAGGCAUUCAUAGUUUACUUUUAUCGUUGCUGGUAAAAAUUACAAGUAAGUCUGGCAAAUGAUAAGUAUACAAUAUAAUAUGGAAAAGUAACUAAUAUUUUGGACACUCUGCUUUACUGCAUCUUAAGAUUGCAGUUUUAUCUAACAGUCUUAGAAAUACAGAACUUUUCAGUGUCCAACACUGUUCUGUUUGUGUACCGUGGUGGUCUGUUCACCUGGUUAGGCUGUUAAGCUCCUUGAUAAAAAAUGAGACUUUCAGCAAUGCUCUGGAAAUACUUCACUUUUUGCAAUCCAUUCAGGAAAGCAUGUAAAUUUAGUGUGCUGGGUGCUUCCAGACUGUCACUGUUUUUCUGGAGGGAUUCAAGGGCAUACUGGAAAUUUAGGUUUAUACAGUUAAAGUAGAUUAAAACAUUCUGCCACAAGGAAUCAGUUUUUUAAUAUAUAUUUUUUUGGUUAGGAAAUUGAAUGGGAAAAAUACUGAACAUUAUGGGAUGAACAAAUUCUUAAUGGAAAGAUGUUAGCAAGGAAAUCAGGAUGAACGCUCAGUUAAGACCAAAUGUAGUCUAACUACCACAUAAACUUUAUGUGUGCAAAUCAAGAUGAGUUGUCAAUAAGUUGGAGGAGUCCUUUAAGAGUACAAUAUCACAUUUGUAUGUUACCUUUUUGAACAGUUUUCCAGGAGAACUAAUAAUUCUAUAAUGUAAACUUGCUAAGAUGAAUUAAAAUUGUGAAUUCUCUUUUCUGAACAGGAAAAGAAAAAGAUGCAUUGGAAACAUCAUUUCAGAAUUUCAUGUUGAAAUCUUUGGGGAAAGCUUUAAUGUACAUUUCAAAGGAUCAGUUAUUGAACCACAAACUUCCUGCCAAAUUUGUUGCUGGUCAGAAGACAAAUCUCCCAGAUAAACUACAAACCUUGUUAAAUACUUUUUCUCCAAUGCUGCUCUUCAGAGCUAGACCUGUUCAAAUCACAGUCUACCACAUGUUAAAUAAGUAAGUUAUCCCCUCCACACAUACACUUUGAUCUUGUUAUAGCAUAGAAUAUGUAUUUAGAAAUAGACCAGGGAACAUAUUAGCAUAACCAAUUGCCCGUUCAUUACUGGGCUUAGUUCAAGGUGCUCACAUUAGUCUGAAAGGAACAGUCUUUCCAAACCGGAGCCUAUGUAGGGCUUCUUGAUUUCUAGGUCUGCCUUGAAGAUGAAAAGCACACUGACUAACUACUAUUUCCACAUCAAGUCCACCAGGGAGCUCCUACAGGUAUUGGCCUCCUCUCAGAGGGAUUGGUGACCACUAUUGUCCUGUAGGCAUCUGCUAGAUUGCUCUACUGAUUCCGAAUAAGGACACUUACCAAGGGGGCAUAGAGGAAGAGGGAGAGCAAAGGGAUGAAUGCAGAGUCUCUUUCACCCCCUCCCCUUCCAUCUUCUCCAGUUUUGAACUAUUGUGUCCCUUAUAUUUAUUUUGUCAGGCACUAAAUAUAAUAAGGGUUAAUACUGAGGAUGAGGGUAACGAUGCAAGCUAUUUCUUUGUGGCACCUCUGUAAACAGAUCAUUCCAAUACAUAAUGGUGUGCUAUAGUAAAGGUAAAGGGACCCCAGACCAUUAGGUCCAGUCGUGGCCGACUCUGGGGUUGCAACACUCAUUAUUGGCCGAGGGAGCCGGCAUACAGCUUCCAGGUCACGUGACCAGCAUGACUAAGCCACUUCUGGCGAACCAGAGCAAUGCAUGGAAAUGCCAUUUACCUUCCUGCCGGAGUGGUACUUAUUUAUCUACUUGCACUUUGAUGUGCUUUCAAACUGCUAGGUUGGCAGGAGCAGGGACCAAGCAAUGGGAGCUCACCCCGUUGCGGGGAUUCAAACCGCCAACCUUCUGAUCCUAGGCUCUGUGGUUUAACCCACAGCACCACCCGUGUCCCUAAUGGUGUGCUUACUUGCUAGUAAUAUCCGAUGUUGAAAUCCUUUUCAGAACAGAUAAUGUUGGGCCUUAAAAAUAUGGAUAAAAUCACUGUUUUUUAAUUUUUCUAAAUCCCAGGUUAAUGUCUGACUUGCCUAAAUUUGACGACGAGGAUCUCAAAUCCUAUGGUGAUGAAGAGGAGGAGCUAUCAUUGUACGUUUCAUUUUAUUUAUAUAAUGAACGAAGCAACUGCCUAUCAUAGUAGAAUGUUAAAAUGUUCCAACCACUUGCCAGACUUGGACUUUCAUGGCUUAAGUGGGAAGAUGCACCUGUGAUCCUCAAUAUUGUGUUUGUGUGUGUACACUUGCGUGCGCGCGCACACACGUGCCUCAGGAGCUGUCACAUAGUUGCAGAAGGUACACCCCCAAAGAACUGGGAAAGAGUAAUGUUCCGUGUUUGUUCUCUUCUUCCUGAUGUCUUCACAUGUAGGGACAUAAGAACCUUGUUGGAUCAGACCAUAGUCUCAUCUGGUCCAGCAUCCCAUCUCUCAUAGCCAACCAGAUGCCUAUGGGAAGCCUACAAACACAAUGUGAGGGCGAUAACUGUCUCCUGCCAUUGAAUCUCUGUGUUGAGGACUCACAGACCUCCACUCCUGGGGGGUAGUAAAUAACUAUCAUGGCAUUCUAAGUAGGGCAAGCUAGCCUUUAAACUGGGUAACACAUUCACAAUUUUAAGCAGCGAUUCUGCCUUGGGAGUAGCCAGUUGUUUGAUUUCUGUAUAGAUCUUUUUGCUCCUUGCUCUGGGCUUGUUCAGUAGGGCUGGUUUAACUCCCAAGUCAUAUAUUUAGAUCUGGAAGAAGUUCUUUGUCACCUUGGUAGCACCUGGUAGCACAUUCUAGGUGUUGGCAUCAAGGAAAUGAAAAUAAAAUGAAAUUCUCCUGGAGAAAAAGUCCUCCACUGAGGUGCUUGAGAUAACAUGGCAUUGGUUAAUGUGCUUACAUGUUUGGUACAAUGGAAACUGGUCUGAGUGUAAUAAAUAACACCUUUGCUGCCCUGACUUUAGGUCCCCACCAGCAGCUCUUAUGACUGUGCUUGCCACUCAGGAGGAGUUACUGGAAAACAUCCUAGAAGGCAUUCCAGUUGGAGAGUUUGCAGUUAUUCAACCACUAAGUGAUGAGUUUUGCCUUGUUUUGGGAUACCUCCUCACCUGGAAAUUAAUACUAACUUUCUUCAAGGCAGCAUCUUCUCAGGUGAAUUAAAGGGUUUAUCUUUAUCUCCUCACCCUGUGACACACAUAUACCCAUGUACUUCUCCACAUCCUUCUACUGACAAAUGAAUUCAGCUGUGUUCAGUUAUCCCUAAUCCACAGCAGUAGGAAAUAAUCAAGCCUUUUGCUUGAAAACCAUUAGUACAAAUAAAAGCAUUUCAAAUCCUUUUGCCCAGAACUUGGAGCUUCAAAAUAGCUGUCAUAUGGUGUUCUACUAUCCAUUUUACUAGUAUUCCCAAGUCAUUUUUGUCAAUGAGGAAAAAGUACUUUCAUAUAUCUGAACAAGGGUUAUGGUUGUUCUCAUGCCAGUUUGGAUAAAUGAUAUUGUUUUGUAGCAUCUGGCUGUAAGAAGGAAAGACUCGGAAGCACAUAGGGUGUGUUUCAUACCUGGUAACAUGAAACCCAAGGCAAUCUUACCAGCAUAUGUCAUAUUGACAUUGCUAAAUUGCUCCAUAGAAAUAUGUAUUUGUGAUGUUGUAUCUUAUUUUUUAAAAUAGUUUGACCAAUGCAUUACCAUUAAUUUCCUUGCAAGUGCGUAUUAAGGCUUUGUAUAAAAACAGUCUUGUCUAAUCUGCUGUGAAUCCCACCAAGCCUUUUCAUACUCUCAUUGUAUACAUUCCUUCAGUUUUAAUGCUUCUGAGAACAGAUUUUAUUGGGAAUAAUUUUUGUAUGGUUUCACCACCAGCUGCGAGCUCUUUACUCACAAUAUCUCCGAAGAACUAAGAGUCUGAAUAAACUAUUGUAUCACCUGUUCAGGCUUAUGCCAGAAAAUCCAGCCUUUCCAGGAUCAACAGCUGAACUCCCAAGUAAGGAUGUAAAAACGUACUUUACUGAGGAGCUUGACUUAGACGUCAAAGGUCAGUCCAAAUAGUUUUAGCUUUAAUUGACAUUGAAUUUCUUUCAUUGUAUGAAACAACUGUAGAGAUGUAAUUUAACUGUUCUUAUUUACAAACCACUUCCCCCAUUUGUUAUCCAGACACCUCAUCGCUGUCUUCCCACAUCCCUCAUUUGGCAUGUUCUGUUUACUGUAUGACAUUAAAAGAUUUGCCAGCCAUGGUUCGUCUUUGGUGGAAUAGCUGUGAGAAACGAGUCUUCAACACUGUAGAUAAAUUUACAAGCAAAUACGUCAGCAGUGUACUUUCUUUACAAGAAAUAUCUUCAGUGCAGACCAGUACACAGUUGUUUAAUGGAAUGAUGGUUAGUAUGAUCUUAUCUACAUAAAUUUAUUUCAUUGUUUUGACAAGUUUGAUACUGUAGAAAGUAAAUUACCAUCGAGUGUUCAAUCAGAAGCAUACACUUUAUCUAAGGUUGUUUCUGGAAAACAGGUCUGUGCAUAUAUAGCGCUCUGAAUUAGGGCAGUGAUCAUCUGCAGUCUAUGUAUUAUUCUGUAAUUUAGAGAUUGUAUGAGAUACUCCAGUUAAUAUCAAUCCCUCAACAAAUUAAUGUCUGGAAAUGCCUUGUGAUAUUCGUAGGAGCAUACAGAACUAUUCCAGGAUUGUUACUUCUGCUUAUUAAAUAGAAAAAGAAUAUUUGCGCUCAUAAAUAGAAAAAGAUAUUUGCGUUCAUAAAUGUUGCAGAUAUUGUGCUGUCAUUUCCAGGGCAGAUCUCUUCUAUAAGCAGCCAUUUUCAGUGUCUCUGUUCUGGCUACAGUUAAAAACGUUGCACAUAUUUCAGUGAGGGGAGGAAUAGAAGUAUAUUGCAAGUACACUCUACAAGUGUAUAUAUUUUAGAUUAUCUGCUAUAUGCCUUUUUGAAAAGUAUUCUGCCUGCUAUGGAUUUGUUUUUCCACAGGUAAAAGCUCGAUCUGCUACGCGAGAAGUCAUUGCUACCUACUCAGUUGAUGAUAUAUUCAUUGAACUGAUAAUACAGCUUCCUCCAAAUUACCCCCUGGGUUCCAUAACUGUUGAGAGUGGAAAGAGAGUUGGUGUAGCAGUGCAGCAAUGGCGCAAUUGGAUGCUACAGUUGAGCACAUAUCUCACUCAUCAGGUAUGUGUCACUUAAAAGUACCAUGAUGGUUCAGUCCUUGCCAUGUAUUAUUAUCCACAGGUUAGGUCUGCUCUGAACAGCAGGUGGGUGCAGAAUAGCAGGGCAGCUGUUCACCAUUGGACAGCUCCAUUCUGUCUAUCUCAAUAUAACCUUCAUUCUGAAAGCUAUCUGCAUGGGUACCGAAAUUGCCUCCUCCUGAAUUUGCACUUGCAAAAAACAUCCAGUCCCUAACUGAGCAGGGAGAGAGAAGUACUUUCCAAGCAUAGAUCCAGUCAGAUCUGCACUCCCAAAAGCCCUUGCCAUUGAAAUGGCAGCUGCUUCAGUCAAAAUUCCUGUUCUUUUUUUAGAAGAAAGAGAGUUGUGUAGUAUAGCUAUUAAGUAAAAUGUAUGCUUGGCAGAUUCUGAUCUCUGGAAAACAACUCUUGCUAAAACUAUAGCAACAGAACUAAAUGGUCACCAGAUACAGUGGAGUACUUUAUUAUGUAGUAGACAGCAUUAAUGGUGGGACACCAUGCUUUAAAAAAACUUUCAAUAUAUGGUAUAGCUUCCUUGUAAAAUAGUUGAAAGGACUGUGAACCAGUAUGAGAAGUGAAAUACUCUAAAGACAAACUUGAAAUAAUGAAUUAUUGAUUCCUGAGACAACUUAUUUUCUUUUAGAACGGAAGUAUAAUGGAAGGCUUAGCAUUAUGGAAAAACAAUGUGGAUAAACGCUUUGAGGGUGUUGAAGACUGUAUGAUCUGUUUCUCAGUCAUACAUGGCUCCAACUACUCUCUCCCUAAAAAAGCUUGCAGAACAUGCAAGAAAAAGUUCCAUUCAGCCUGUCUGGUAAGUACAUGGAAUAGACAAAUUCUGAACCAAGUUUUAAAUAAAAGACGACACAGAAAGCUUCAGUGGCUUUAGGAGUAGUCAGAUCCACAAAACUAGUUGAGUUUCAGUAAAAUUGAGAGGAUAAAUCCUCCUGUAAUGAGUAGCAAGUCUUUCCCUUACGAAAACACAGUUUAUUUCCAUACUGCAUUGUAAACUAAUUAUCACUUUUGGGAAAUUAUGCAGCUGACAUUGUUGAAAACUGAAAGACUAGGACAUACUAGUGUAGUAUGCUCAUAUAGGAAAGCUAUCUGCCCAUGGUAGUAAGCCUUAGAAUAUGACAAUUAAGUCCUUAAGCACCCAAAUGGGCAAAAAACUUCAUUGAAUAAUAGGCUUCAGAAAUGGCUUUCAUUUGAAUUUUCACAGAAGGCACACAUGUGAUAGUUACUCAACUAUUUAAGACAUAAAUAAAACUUGUUCAUCUAGCAACCUUACAUUUAACGUAAAAUGUAUGUCAAAUCUGCUUUUAAUACUCUUUUUUCAAAAAUUCUUUCAGUACAAAUGGUUUACAUCUAGUAACAAAUCCACCUGUCCACUUUGUCGGGAGACCUUCUUCUGAAAUGACUUCUCUGCUUCAAUGAACUUCUCUGCUUCAAUGAACUUCUCAAAGAAAAUCAACAGGCACAGUUGGAUUUAGCUGUGAAAUGCUAAUUUUAGCUUUAUUUACAAAUAAAAAUCUUAAGUUGUUUGAUCAGGGUAUCAUACAAAUUGUAUAUGGCUUUUAUAUUAAUUAUUAUUUAUUAUUACUAUAUAUAUUAAAAGCAAGGCAUUCUGACAUCUCUGGCAAAAACUGAUGGUAUGUAAAGCCUCAGCUUCUGUGCUUUGGUUAAUUCCAUUUCCAGAGACUAGAACACCACCAGUGCAAUGCUGUGCAUACUAGGGGUGCCAUAUUUUGAAGAGCAAAAAAGAGGACAUGGAGCCCCCUCGCCUUCCAUGCCGUACGUGCACACCAUACCCUCCAAAAUUUCUGUUCAAGAAAUUCAGUCCUGAUCAAAAGAACUUCUGUCUUCAUUGUGAGAAAAAAUUAAUAUAGGAUCAAGUAUUAUUGUCUUU